UAAACCGGGACACAGUGGACUUUGUGUUUCUGUUGUCCCCGGUGUUGAUUCCCUUCCCGUUCCUUCCUCUCCGCCGCUGACACUUGACGGCUGAUCCUCCCUCCGUCUCCCUCUCCUCGGCUCUGCGACCCCGCUCUCUCUCGCUCUUCCUCCUCGAUCGAGGACCGGGACCCGUCGUCGCCCACGCCGUCACAGCAGGUCUGGGAGCUCCGUAGAGGACGGCCACCAUGUUGACUUUCCUGGCCCUGGCCGCCGUUGCCUUCCUGGGAAUAGUGCCCCAGCAGUCUCAGUCCAUAGUGAUCUACACGGGCUGGGAGCGCCAUGCCCUGGUGGGUUCCGACGUUCGGCUCUCCUGCUCCUUCUUCUCCUGGCGCUGGACCUCCGACGACGUGACCUUUUCCUGGACAUACCGGCCCGACGGAUCCCGGGACAGCAUCUCUAUCUUCCACUACACGGGCGGAGCUGCCUACCUCGACAACAAGGGCCCCUUCAGGGACCGGGUGGAGUUCGUGGGGAACCCCGGGCGCCGUGACGGCUCCAUCGUGCUGAAGAACCUGGACUUCAACGACAACGGCACCUUCACCUGCGACGCCAAGAACCCCCCCGACAUCGUGGGCCGGCCCUCGAGUGUGCGUCUGCUGGUCUUUGAAACCGUGCCCAUCCAGGCCGGUGUGAUCACGGGCGCCAUCAUCGGCGUGGUGCUGGGCCUGCUGGUGCUCAUCGUGGUCAUCUACUACCUGAUGCGCUUCCUGGUGGCUCGCCGCGUCUUCAACCUCAGCGUCAGCAAACAUGGCAAGAAAAAGAAGGAGGGAUCGCAGCAGAGACAGCUCUGGACUCCGCCCCCACUGACGUGCUACCCCCUCCCUUAAAAAGGACUCUCUACCUGUGACGCUCUCCCUCCUCUCUCUCUCGCUCUCCCCCCCCUCUCUCUCUGCCUCCCUCUCCCUCUCUCUCUCCUUCUGGCCCUCUCUCUCUCUCCUUCUGUCGGCAAUCUCUUCACCUCUCCUCGUCCCCCGUCUCCGUCUGCUCUCAUACAUCUGUCGUCCACCAUCAUUUCUAACGUCUAACCCCCCCCCCCCCCCCCCCCCCCCCCCACCCCCCCACCACCACAAGUCAAGGGCGUAACUUUUAACUUCUGAGGGGUUUUGAGGCCGCAGACUGCCGCAGUGUAAAUGUCAACGUCUUAUCUCGCUCUGUGAGAUCCCGGAUCUAUACCCGCCCCCCCGAUCCCAAUCACAUCCUUCCUUCCUGCCGCUUUACUUUAAUGCGUCAGAAUAUUUUCCCAUCAUGCCACUUCCACCUCAUCCUCCUCCUCCUCAUCCUCCUCCUCCUCCUCCUCCUCCUCGUUCGAUAUCCUCAUCGGGGGGGGGGGAGGGGGGGGGUUCAGAGGGGCAGGGCUCCGCCUUCUCCACUAUGGCGAUGUUAACAGACUCCUCCUCCCGAAGUACGCCCUCGACCACAUCCCCUCCUCUUCCCAAGCCCCUCCCCCUUUUCCUCCCAAAAGUGACUCUCCUACUCCUGUUCUGAUCUGCCCUAUCCAACCCCUUGCCCCCCCCCCC